AUCUUUAAUGGUGCAAAUGCAAGGGUGAAAUUUUAGGGUUUUUUUUCUGUACAAACCCUAAUUCUUUAUUCUCUGUGAUUUUCUCUAGUCGGAAACUUCUAAUUUAGUGUCUUUGUCCUCUGAUUGCCUCUCAGUUUUGUGAUCCUGACGCUCAUGGUUCAGCAUUCUAAAAAAUGGUGUCUCAGUCUGCAAUGGCCGCCUCAAUUGCUUGAUUAGGGUUUUCAGGCACCAUUGCGUUCUCGUCAGAGACAAACCAUAUAAUUGAUCAGAGACAAGCUUGAGGUCCAGCUUCUAUGGUUUAGCUCCCACAAAUUGUCGUGUGUUCGCUAUGGAAAAAAUGUGACUGUUUUUUAUAUAAUUAAUCAAGAAAUCUGAGUAGAAAUGGAGAGUUUCAGCGCAACAGAGCUGUCCACCAUUGGAGGCAUUGCGACAGUUUCUCUCCUGCACUCAUUUAUCCCCACACAUUGGCUUCCAUUUUCGAUUGUUGGGCGAGCUCAGAAAUGGACCCUCUCUCGUACUCUUAUUGUCACUGCAUUUGGAGCCGUUUUACAUGUGGUUUCGACCGCCUUUCUUGGCAUAGCCGCAAUCACAAUGGCAAACACGAUAGCUGGCGAGGAGACUGUACAUAGACUGGCUUCUCUCUUGCUUGUAAUCCUUGGUGGAAGUUACAUUUUGCUCUUCAUUUUUGGGAAAGGGGGGCAUAGUCACUCUCACAACCACCCUAUGGAGAAGAUGGCAGUUGCUGGUCUUGUUCUCGUACCUGCACUCUCACCUUGUGCCACAACACUUCCUGUUUUUCUCGCAGUUGGAAACUCAUCUUCGAUGCUGGUGCUUGCGAUCAUAGUGCUUCUCUUCAGUACGAUAACUGUGAUGACUUCUCUUGUCGCUCUGUCCUAUUAUGGGGCAAGCCAGCUCAAGUUCCACUGGAUCGAGCGCUAUGACAAGGCCCUCGUUGGAUCAGUGCUCUGUUUGGUUGGCAUCUUGACUUACAUUUUCCAUGACCACGAAGGUGAAGGCCAAACCUUGGAGGGCCAUCUGCAUCGAAAGCUCAUAACGUAGGCUGGUAAAGUUUGAAGUUGCUGAACCCUUCUCGGGUUCAUGAAUGUUUUGCAAGGUUUUUCUGCAAAGUUUUUCUGUUAGAAUGCUGAGAGAGAGAGAGAGAGAGAGAGAGAGAGAGAGAGAGCAUUUGUGAAAAGAGCCCAAGCCCUUCACGUUUUGUUGUUAAAAAUACUCUUUCUUUUCAAAUGUGUAUUGAUUUUCUUUUUU